GAAAGAAAGAAAGAAAGAAAAAGAGGCCUUGUGGGAAUCUUUUCUUCGUCUUCCUACUGUAUACAGAUGAUCCCACACCUUCAUCACUUUCUUUCUCUCACUUUUCCUCUGUCUCUAUCUAUCUACCUCACUCUCUCUCUCUCUCUCUCUCUCUCUCUCCUCUCAAGCUCUUUGUUCUGGGAUAAAACUAUGAACAUUUUCUCCAACGGACCUUCACGCGAAGAUGAUUUCGAAGAAAAGGAGAACAGAGUAGGUUCGUGUAUAGCAGAAGAUAUAGAAACAGAAGCAGAAGAAAGAAGCAACUUUGUUAUGGAUACUACGAUGAUGAUGAUGAACCAUAAUCAUGAGAAUGGAGUUGAAUUUGAGUUCGAAAUUUGGCCAGUUGAACACCCAAUGGAGCCUCCUGAUGAAGAUAGGCCUGUCAAAUGCCCCAUACCCCAUUCUUCUGUUAUCAAUGAGGAAGGAAAGAGAGAGAAGAGAGUGGCACUGGCAGAGAACUCGACAGUGGUGAAGAAAGGAGGAGAAGAGGAAGACGAUGAAGAAGAGGUUGGUGCGGUUAUAGAGCGUCCGGUUCGUAAGAGGCACCACAUGACUCUAACCGGAGAGAACGAGUACACUGACGAUGAUGACGAUGACGACGACGACGAUGAUUUUAGUAGCAAUGAUAAGACGAUAAUGCCCCUGACGAGAAUGUCACCAUUGCCUCCUCUUCCAACUCAGAAUCUCACCAUCUUCCAAAUGCUCCAACAGUUCGACAAGUUUGACUCUUGAAUUUAUUUUAAGUUACAAUUAAGAAAAGAAAAAAAAGGUAAAUAAUUGAAUUUUGGCACUUAAAUCUGAUCUGGGUUUGAUCUAUUUUAUAGUAGAGUGUGAAUUUUCCUUGUGAUUUAGCUGCUUUAGGACUAGAAAAUCCUAGAUGUAGCUUAAUUAAUUUGGAAUUGGAUUACUACUUUUUGUAACUUUACUGUUUUUUAUUUUUAUUUUUAUUUUAGUACCAAAUUUUAUGUAUAAUAUAACUAUAUAUAUAUAUAUAUAUAUGAACUAGGCGUUUCAUGGGCAAUCAUCAUCAAGUGGUGUCUCAUGGAUUUUGAAGAAUUGUUUGUUUAUGAAAUUUCCUGUUCAUUCA